CUGUAUGAUACUUCAUUAUUUGCUUUCUCUGUCUUUGAAACUCUUGAGUUGAAUGAGCCUAAAACCUACCAGGAAGCCCUUGCCUCUAGAGAAUCUAAAAAUUGGCUAUGUGCUAUGCAAAGUGAGAUAGAAUCUCUUAAGUUGAAUAAAACCUGGACCCUAGUUCCUAGGACUCCUAAUUGUUCUGUUGUUGAGUGCAAAUGGCUUUUCAAAGUUAAAGAAGAACCAAAUGACAUUAGGUUUAAAGCUAGGUUAGUGGCAAAAGGUUUCACUCAAAAGGAAGGGGUAGACUAUGCUGAAAUUUUUGCUCCAGUAGUAAAAUUCACAACAAUUAGGAUGAUGCUUGCCCUAGUUGCCCAUAAUGACUGGGAGAUGAAGCAGAUGGAUGUUACCACUGCUUUCCUUCAUGGUGAACUAGAUAAACAGAUUUUCAUGAGCCAACCUGAGGGUUUUAUUGACCCUAAGUACCCUAGACAUGUCUGUCUACUUAGGAAGGCCCUCUAUGGCCUGAAACAGUCUCCCAGACAAUGGAAUAUCAAGUUGACCAGUGUAUGUCUUCCCUGAGUUUCAAAAGGUCUGAUUCUGACCCUUGUUUGUAUUUUAAGAAUACUGCUGCUGUACCUGUUUUCUUGUUAAUCUAUGUUGAUGACAUGCUUAUCAUUAGCCCCUCUGUGAAUGCUAUUAAGAUAGUUCAAAAGUGCCUUUGUGAAAACUUUGCUAUGAAAGAUCUUGGAGAUGCUAAGAGAAUCCUAGGGAUUAAUAUUCUUAGGGAUAGGAGUAGGUGUACCCUUAC